ACUAAAAAGUGCCCUCCAUCUUGCGACUUUCACAAAAAUAAAUCGAAUCAUAUUCGCAUUCACGAAUCGCAUAGACCAAAAUGGCCACUUCGGACAAAAGCAUCGCCAUACUGCGCAAGGAUCUGACUUCAGAAUCCGUUCCUCUAGCCAAACGCUUCCGAGCACUGUUCUCCCUAAAGCACCUCGCAUCGCAAUCCCCCACCACUCCGCAAACCACCGCCGCGAUCGAAGCCAUUGCUGCAGCCUUUAGCAGUCCUUCCGCCCUGCUCAAACAUGAACUCGCAUACUGCCUUGGGCAAUCAGGCAAGACGGAAGCCAUACCAUUCUUGCGUGCUGUGAUCGAGGACAGGCAGGAAGAUGCGAUGUGCAGACACGAAGCGGCCGAGGCGUUGGGUGCACUGGGAGAUGUGACGAGUUUGGAUUUGCUGAAGCAGAGGAGGGACGACAAGGAGGAAGAGGAAGUCGUGCGAGAGACGUGCGAGAUUGCUAUUGAGAGAAUCGAGUGGGAGACCAGUGAGGCUGGAAAGAAGGAGAAGCUGAAGAAGAGUGACUUCACUUCAAUAGACCCCGCUCCACCUUCAGCCAUGGACGAUCAACACGAUAUUCCGGCACUGCAGAAGAAACUCAUGGACCCUAGUCUUCCAUUAUUCAAGCGCUAUCGAGCCAUGUUCACACUUCGCGAUCUCGCUUCGCCGCCUGAUCUUCCGACCGCGGUUCCUGCCAUCAAAGCUCUCGCGACCGGCCUCAAGGACUCCUCCGCCCUCUUCCGUCACGAAAUCGCUUUCGUCUUCGGCCAGCUCUCACAUCCUGCUUCGAUACCCGCAUUGACGGAAUGCCUAAGUGACGCCAAAGAGGCAAGCAUGGUCCGACACGAGGCUGCCGAAGCGCUAGGCAGUCUGGGUGAUGAGGAGGGCGUGGAGGGCACACUGAAGAAGUUCCUGAACGAUCCAGAGCAAGUCGUCCGCGACAGCAUUAUUGUCGCCUUGGAUAUGGCCGAGUUCGAGAAGAACGGAGAAAUGGAGUACGCGACAGUUCCAAGCCAGGUCGAAGCUGCGGCGUAAUUCUAGCCAGUGGAAAACUCCUUUGUCGUUAUCAGACCUCUUUUUCACUUCAGAUACCCAGCCAAAUUAGAUCAAAGCGAGCAAAGUAUAGAUACUCGCAAUUUUCCGCUUGGAACGCAACAAAAUUUCCAGAAAGCGCAAACGUUUCAGUUAUUCGUAUUCCAUUUAUGCCCGCAGUUCGGACAUGUAUAGAAGACCGU